UUUUAUGCGGAAUGACGUGCACGAGUGACGUAUUUUUGCUGCUGAGAUUUCUUUUCAAUACGUCUCCAAUGUUGCUAGUCAUUGCAUGUAUUAAUUUAACACUGAAAUAAAGGUGGUGGGAAAAAUUUGAUUGGAAAAUACUAUUAACGUGCCUCAGCACUCUGCCAUGUCUGUGGAGAAGACCUCCGACCUGGCAAAUGAAAACACCUGCCUAGCAUCCUCACUGACACUUGACCUUCGGUCCCCACAUAGUGCUCUGCUUGAUUCUGACCUGAGCAAGAAGGCCAAAGCGGCACCCUCCAUCAAGAAGCGCCACAACUAUGCCACAUCCACACCUUUUGAUCUCCUCAAUGGCACGAUUGGAGGCAAUGGAGUUGAUGAGGAUGCCUCUAGUCAGCAGAGAGAGGAAGAGAGGGUCCGGAACCAAGAGAAUGAGCAGGGCCAGCACGGCAUAGGGACUAAUGCCAAAUGGCUCAAGGAGGGUCAGAAUCAACUGCGCAAGGUUGCAGAAAGGCAGCAGGACCAGAAUAGACAUUCUGACCAAGAUCUGAAUCACAAUGAGAGCCCGGAUGGAAACCCCAACCAGAACUCUUUAGUGAUGGACCAGCAGGAGGACGGGGAGCAGAACCCCACUUCUAAGACCCUGAGGUCCCUUUGCUCUGACCUGAAUGAGCCUCUGCUGAUUGACACCUCAGAGGCACCUCAUGGGAAGGAAGUACAGGAAGAAGAGAAAGAAGAGGACGGGGAUGAGGAAGAGUCUCUACGACUUCCAACAGGUGGAGAGAGGGACACAGACUCUUCUGAGACCCAGAGUACGAGUGAGUCUCGAAGAGAUGACAGUGGGGAAGUUAAGGACACCUGUCUGAUGUUUCAGGGCAGGAACGCAGCACCCAGUGAUGAGGACUCCAGUUGCAUGUCAUUGUCUCAGGGCAGCACAGCCAACAGCACACCAGAUGGUGACCCAGAGUCUUACUGGGACCGCAGUGCUUUUGAGACGGACUCCGACCUGCCCUCAGGGUGGAUGCGGGUAAGAGACGAGUCUGGUACCUACUACUGGCACAUCCCCACAGGCACCACCCAGUGGGAUCCCCCCUCUCCCCUCGAGGAGGGAGACGCCCCAGAGAGACCGUCUAGUACCUCCCCAGCAAUCACUCCCAGCGAAGAGCCACAGUUGACGUGGAGUAGUCUCACCCAGUCCCGUCCCAACAGAUUUAAUGAUGAAGAGUUCUGGAAGGAGGAAGAUGCAAUGGCUGAUCAGACCCUUAAGGAUUUUGAAGGAGCCACAUUGCGUUAUGCCUCUAUCAACCUCAGCUGCUCGCAAUCUGAAGGGAAGGAGAAGAUGAACUCUCUAAUAAAUGACCCAGAGGCUAAGGUUUUUGCAGUGCGGUCUCUAGGCUGGGUGGAGAUAUCAGAGGAGGAGAUGGCUCCGGGGAAGAGCAGUGUGGCUGUAAACAACUGCAUCAGACAGCUGUCAUACCACAAACACAACUUACACGACACAGCUGGGAUUUGGGGAGAGGGCAAAGACAUGCUUCUUGUUCUGGAGAAUGAGACCUUAAACCUGAUGGAUCCAUUGGGCCAGACUCUGCUCCACACCCAGCCCAUCGUCAGCAUCCGGGUGUGGGGUGUGGGCCGGGACAACGGCAGGGAGAGGGACUUUGCCUACGUUGCGAGAGACAAACUGACACAUGUUCUGAAGUGCCAUGUGUUCAGGUGUGACACACCUGCUAAGAACAUUGCCACCAGCAUGCAUGACAUCUGCUCUAAGAUAAUGGCCCAGAGGAAAUCCUCCAGGUCCUCUGUGAACAGACUUAAUAUAGACCCCUCUAAACUGGUGGACAUGCCAUUUCAGGAAUUCCCUGCACCAAAGAAUGAGCUCGUCCAACGGUUCCAGGUACGUUACCUGGGUAACGUGCCGGUGGCUAAACCUGUAGGUAAGGAACGUUUUGGUAUGGACCUAGUCAAUAUUGCCCUGGACACCGCAAUGAAUUCCCAAGAGAAGGACCUGUGGAUGCCUGUUACUGUGAAUGUGGCUUCAGCCACACUUACCAUAAUCACUGCUGAAACUGAGGAAGUUCUCUCUGAGUGUCGGGUGCGGUUCCUGUCCUUCAUGGGCGUGGGGAAGGACGUCCACACCUUUGCCUUCAUCAUGGCCGAGGGCCCCGGGGACUUCAUCUGCCACAUGUUCUGGUGUGAGCCCAACGCCGCCAGCCUCAGUGAGGCGGUGCAGGCCGCCUGCAUGCUGCGCUAUCAGAAAUGUUUGGACGCCAGGCCCCCCAGUACCAGCUCCUGCCUGCCAGGCCCGCCUGCUGAUUCUGUGGCACGUCGUGUGGGCUCCAGUGUCAAGAAGGGAGUUCAGAGCCUUCUGGGUAGUUUCAAGAGGUCUGGCUCCCAAACGCCCUGAGAGGUGGCAACUAACCCCCUCCAUUCCCAGGCCCAGACAGCCACCCCCACCCCCCCCCACCCACACACACACACACACACACACACACACGACCCCCAAGGUGUUUUGGUAUACUCUGCUUCCCUUUUCCAAACCUGUUGUCCUUUUUAGAUGUGAUGUCAGAGUCAUGGGCAGGUGGGCUGCCUGUGGCACUGGGGUAACAGUAGGCCUAGAACCGCCCACAGCUGCUCCAUGCUUUUCACUUCCUUCAAAUCUACCUUGGUUGGACUAGUAGGCCAUCGUUUUCUUCACUUAUGUUUGAUCUGUGAACUGUUUAAAGGAAACUGUUGGACUCGGUGGUUUGAAUGACAGAAAACUUGGUUUAGUUUACCAAAAUACCAACGUUCACAUUACGAUUAGGAAAGGGGUUCCAUAACAUUCUUUUUGUUAUGCAGAAUAAAUCUAGUAUAUUAUUUGUAAACAUAAAAAUGAAAGGCGUGUGAUUGUGAAUGAUGUUGAACUCAUGCCAUUUGCUUGAGGUGCUUUGUUCUAGUGUUUAUUUCACAAUUGAAAUAGACUUAAAGUAAAUUAUUAAGAAAGACAAUGGCAUGGAAUGUCAGUAUAACACCCAUUAUGUUAAAUUAGUGUCAGAGGAAAAACUAAGACAUGAUAGCUAGCCUCCAUAAUAUUCAGCAAAUAUUACACUAAACAUUUGGGGCAUUAAAAUCUAUAGUUUGUGAAGUGCAUUUGUUAUGCCUUUUCCAUUUCAAAAUAGCUUAGCAUCUAUCUGAGGGUGCUGGUAAACCAGCAAGUGCAUUAUCUUUAAAGUUAUAUUUUUAUGUGUAUUGCAAAUUGCAGUAAAGCAUGUAUAGUUGAGCUUUUGGCAAUGGUAAAGGUUUAACACAAAACCUUUUUGAGAUGGUGUACUUUUAGAUCAUGGCUCAAGGUUUAACACAAAACCUUUUGGAGAUGGUGUACUUUUAUAUCAUGGCUUAAGGUUUAACACAAAACCUUUUGGAGAUGAUGUACUUUUAGAUCAUGGCUCAAGGUUCAAAACGCUGCUGUGAUCCUGCUGUAUGCCAAUGGUAUGUUGGAAGAUGGCAGCUUUCUGAAAGCAAAUGUAAUCCAAUUGUGUGUUAAAUGGUCUUCAUUUUCAGUUGUGUGGAAAUACACCUGGCAUUGUCAUACCUUUUAUGUUAACAUUUCUAUGUAAGUUAUUAUAACCUCAUUUUAAUUUUAAAUCAUGUCUAGCCACCUUUCGUAUGCAGUUUUAAACAAAUGUGUCAACUGUUUUACUUAUUCUUCCCCUCUACUCCAUGUUGAGCAUUUUUAUUACAUCUACUGAUUCCUACCCCCUAGUUCUUUCUAACGGAUGAUACAGUCUGACAUCUUUUAUGCCUUGUAAUAACUGGUUCUAAGGGCAGAUGGAAUAAGGAUGUCAUUGUGAUAGACAUGACACCAGUACUUAUCAGUCAGUUCAUGACUGCCCUCUACUGGGCUUUACAGCAGUCUUGUUCAUGAGCAGCGUCUGAAAACACUACAGGAGCCAAGAAGCCUGACACAUUCCAUCUUGGAAGUCAUUUGUAAUGCAAAGAUUUGCUUACUUACAGACAGUGUUUGACUGUGAAAGAGAAACUAGACGUGUCUGUGGCAGUUUCCUAGUUGGUGUUAAGUAGGUAAAUCCCAUAAGCUUUUCUCUGCAUAUGAACACUACUUCAAAAUACACUCCCAUAUGUGACUGGGGUGAGGCCAUAGUCUUCCCAUUGGUUUUGAAUGCAGUUGGUUAUAAAUAGGUUCUUUUUUUAAUGAAAUGAUUUUAUUUUUCUAAAUGUGUAGAAUAAUUUUGAGGUAGAGAUGCUUUGUUAGCCUCAGUUGUUACCACUAUGUGGUCACUGGUGCAGCAGUGUUUCCAUUUUUUAUUAUUCUGUUAACUUUAUCGUUUCCCUCCUUUAUGAUUACUGCCUACUCUAAAAACUGUCACUGUGCGGACAAUGCUUAAUGCAUACUGUAGCAUUGUACCGCAUUUUCUAGGAAUUACUUUGUGACCUCAUGUGUGUUCAAAUGUUGUGCCUGUGGGUGUGACUACAUUUCACAUGUUAAAAGCUUUUCCUCACCUUUAGGAAUGGCCUGUCACUGCGCAACCGCUUUUCAUUCUGUUUUGCUGAGAAAGUUAUUUUCAUAUGUACAUACAUCUUUUGUCUUUUGGAAUAUUUCAGAUCCCUUCUCUUUCUCCGCAUUUUGUGUUAUAUACUUAAUUUUAUAUUUGUUUGCUUUCAACCUACCGACCUUACCCUACCAUGACAAAGCAAUUUGUGUCAAAUUAUUUAAAUUGUAUCAAUAUUAAACACUGAGUAUUCAGACCCUUUACCAUGACACUCCAUAUUGAGA